AAAGACAGUUACGACACACUGUUUGUCUAUAAUUGUCUAUAAGUUCAAAAUAGUUUGAUAUGAAUUUCCAACAGUUGAAAGGCGACCUUUCGAAAAUCGAGGGAGAAGGGGUUUCACUAACACAUGUAGUUAAAGUUGCCAUACACGAUAUAUACCGUAAAUUGCAUGCAUUGGUGGAAACAUCACCUGACAAAGAGGAAGUAAAAUCUAAACUUGAAAUCUGCGAAAAAGACACGGGUGAUCUAGUAGAGACUCUAACUGGAGUGGUGGAUUGGUCGUUAGACUGGGCAGAGCAUAUGGAUUGGAUUGAAAAACAAUAUGCAACAUUUAAUGAAAUGUCUUGUAGUUUGGAUCAGUUACAAAACAUUAUAACUCCAAGUUCUCGACUUCCGUAUUAUGAUAUUGCACAUGCCGUUGAGAUUUUAUCUACAGGUAACCUGCGUUUGCCUGGCUGUAUACGUGAAAAUUUUCUACCACCAAAUUCUAUCGGAGCAUUACAAAGGAAGCAAACUUUUUCGCGUCUACACCAAAUUAUAAGGAAUCGUCUGAUUAGUGGGAAACUUUUAACACAAAUGAAAAACUUUAAAAUUAGAAAUGGAUGUGUGGUUUUUACGGUCAAAGACGAAUUUAAGAUAACCCUAACAGUGAUGGGCGAUGAUGCAAAGGAACCCUGGCAUUUAUUGAAUAUAGAAAUAUUGGUUAUGCUUAGUAAAAUUGGAGUUUGUAAGCCGACCGUGCACCCAAUACAAUUAUCUUUACUUCAGCAAAUUAUGCGUGCACAUUUAGAAGGAAAUGUUGAUCCUUUAAAAGAUAUUUACUAUAGCUUGCAUUACUUUUGCAAGUCGCUUCAAUUGGAUGAUAUCUAUUUGCACUUAAUGCGCCUUGAAAAUGGUAUAUUAUUUGAAAAAAUACGGGUUGAGAAAUAUAUACAUGGCCAGAAGAUAACAAUUUCAUAUUGGCAUCAAUUAGCGGAAAAAGCUAAUUCAAAACUUGGCUACCGAUUGCAGUUAGAAACCAAGGAAACAGAACAUCUUUUAGUUGUAUCGCAUAUUCCGUCUUUUGAUGCUUUAGAUGAAUCAAUAUCCAUCAGUCAAUCUUUAUGUGUAGAUAAUAUUUCAGUGGAACGCUUAAUUCUUCAAACCAUUCAUAUACGUUCAUUUGCACGUCUAAGAUAUUUAAAAUUGCAUUUCGAACUUUUAUUAAAUGGAGUAGACUGUGAUUUGGAAGGUACACCAGCAUAUCUCCAAGUGCCAAUUGUUUUGCGUUCUUGGCGAAAUGACAACCUGUGUAUAACGAUUGAUACAUACACUGGUAGUUUGCUUUGUUAUUUACCAAAUUAUUCCAAUUGUCAUAUAAUAAACAGCAUUCAAGUAGCUCUUAAUAAAGAUCAACUUGGUAAACUCAAUUCUCUAAUAUUAGAAUUAAUAUUUUGGGUCACAUAUCAGCAUUAUAAAGUAAUUCUGGGAAACCUUCCUGUUACUGUAACAAAAGCGUUGACUUUUUUAAAUCAACCAAAUCAUCCACUUUUAAUUCCAAAAAGGCCGAAAAUAUUCCUCAAGUUCCAUCGACACCCUACUGUUGUACUAGUAGUUCAAUUAUCAGAAAACCAGUAUAUGCCGUUUGAAUUGGUAUAUGACAUUUUAAUUGCUUUUAUCAAAUAUCAAACGCAUGAAAAUAACUUAAUACCAGAGCAACCUAUAGGAUUUGCCAAUAUUGAAAACCACCAAUUCGAAACAGUAAACCUUUAUGCUCAUAUCGAGAGCUUGAUGCAGCUUGAUUCAAGUUUACUAACUGAUGGACUUCUCAGAAACAUACAAGAUCAAAUUAUCGUUCAAAAAUGUGCUAAAACAAAACAAUCAUCACGUGCUUGUACUAUACCGGAGAUAGCUUAUGUUGUGUCAAUAUGUGAUGAACAAAUGGCCUUUUUUUUCUUGGCAAAUGAGUUCAAUCUACAGAAGAUACCAAAUACUGGCUUUAAGUUUGACAGAAGAACUGGUUCAUUUGAACUUAGCUUAUUGACACUACUACUGCCCACACAACCAGAACAGACAGAACUGACGAGUACUAAUCUAUUAAUACCCAGUAUCGAGAAACAUGUGCAGGAAGAUUUAAACAAACGUUUGGUAUCAAUUUGUAUUCGUUCAAAAUGGAAUGAGGAAUGUUAUUAUUGGGUAGUAGAGAUCGUAUUUAAUAGCAAUCCACUGUCAAAUGUUACACAACCAGAUUCGAAUGCUUAUCAAGUGAUUCAUUUAUAUUAUAAACAAAUAAGUAAUGCAACUCAGACUGUAAGAGAUAUUCUUAAAGAUUUCUCCAGAAUUGUCUAUCUUUAUGCAAUUGUUUACGAUUUAGCAAAAAUCAUAAGAAAUAGCAAACAUUUCAACGUAUUGAAGACAGUAAUAAUUUGCACAUAUAACUACUUAAAUCUGAUUAUUGAUUAUGGACCGAAAAAAAAUGUUAUUUGUAACAUAUUUUGGUGUACAGAUACAAAACGUUUUUGUUUGAUUUUUACUAGUGAUAACUCAUCACCGAAUCCACAUAAUAUCAUCCAUGAAAAAAUGGAAAGUUGUUUGAAUGCAACGUGCAGUUUAAUAUACUUACUAUAUAUACUGGAUGAAACCUAUAAUACUUUUUAUUCUGUUUCUAAAUUGCUGAAUAUAACAACUUCAAUAAAAUCGGAGCUAGAAACUGGUAACGCAGCUCCAUCAUUUGUCAUAAAGCCGGAGUCUCCAUUCAAUAUAUUUUUAGUUUACCAGAAAACGUUUGGCAUAGAAAUAUCUUUUAUAAGCAUUGAUAAAGUUACGAUACGAGGUUAUGUCCACAGCGAAGAUGAACUUAUGCAAGGCGCUGUGUUUUCAUUUUUAAAAAAUUUUGAGGUGUUUUUAACUAAACAUAUUGAAGGCGAUAACAUAAAUUCUCCAAAUAGUGAAUAUGACAGUUUACUAUGUUAUUCCCCGUUUUUGUCCUCAUCUUCAGAAAUAAGCGAUACUAGCUCUGAAUCUAACUUUGGUGACGAUAAAACGCCAGAAACAAAUAUUCCUCUUGGUUCAUGCAUAACACUAACGCAAAAAGUAUUUCAUACAAUCUGCAGCCCAAGUGUCUAUUUCGAUGAUUACUUAACUGCAUCUGGUGUAAGUUCACUUGAACGAUUUCUAGGCUGUGAAUAUUUACGAUUACAAAUGCAGGAUUUCGUGAAAAAAAGUAACAGCAAUAUAAUAACAUUUCUUGAUUCUACUGAACCGAGCACUUUACUAUUUAACCUGUCUAAUUUUCAAUGUGAACUAAAGUUAAAUCCAGUGCAUAUGCAAUCCCUUCAUUUAAAAUUAUCAUGCUUAUCAAAUACACCAUCUAUUGAAUUAACCGAUGAUGAUAUGCUCAUACUGGAACUAUUCUUUGACAGGCGUGUUGCUAUAUCACCUUACAGUCGUAAUUCUAUAAUCGGAUUUUUUGGUCUUUUAAAUAAUUGUACACCAAUAAUGCUAAGUCACUUUGCAAAAAUAAUGCAUUUAGAUAUGGAUCCAAACAUAAAAGAUCCUGGUUGUGAUUAUACGAUACAAUUGUGUAUGCAAGUUCCCCCUUCAGAUACACUAUAUCUACCAAUACCAGUAGGUAGUCCAGGUGUACAAUUAUUAAAUAAAAGUGUCAUUGCAUUUUUCAUUAAAAUAAAUCAUGCAAUUUGUAAUGGUAAAAGUUCGGUCGGAACUCAGACGUUAGUUUUGCCACUAUGUUACAAUUCAAAUAAUAAUGCAACCAGAUUACUCAAGUCAUCAAAGCACAAUGCUUCAAAACUUCAAAUAAGGAUAAUGCAGUUUAUAAAUACUUUUUCUCUUCAUGGAGAAAUUCACAAAACAUGUUCGAUAUUUCCAUCAAUAGCAGGUCUUCUGAGAAAUCUCCACGUACUGGAUGACGACUUAAUGACAUUUUAAUAAAUGGACUAUUGGCAUCUUAUACAACUUUAAAGGCGCAUCUAACAAAAGUGGUGCUUCAUAAAUGGACCGGGAAGCACAUUGAUAGUCACAAGUAAUAUAGUAGUAUAU